GACAACCUAUAAGGACUGCUGAUCGUGAUAAAUGGUCCACUGACCAACAGAUUGGAGGCCAUGAAGCUUCUCAUGAUAGCUAUUCACUUGUUUUAAGACACCAAGAUAUGACAUCCCAGCCAAUGUCCCUGCCAACCAAUGAGAAUGCUGCAUAUCAGUGGACAGGAAGUCAGAAUGUAACUCAGGGUCAAACCCAGUAUGGCUACAACUACCACCACAUUGACCAAAGAACUGAAAGCCAGAGCAUGCUCACAGCUUGCGUAGAUACUAAAUCCAGCAGCCAACAAAACACCACAGAUGUCUAUGCUGAGUUUACUACUGAUGCCACAGCUCUACAGUACGGGUCUGAGCAGGCUGAGAGCUAUUAUGAAGCUGGAGUUAAUUCCCAGUACAGUUUGGAGGAUCCAGAUUCCAAGUUUCAGUACAUAGCUGAAAGCCAGUACGGAGAGGAUUCCAACUCCAUGUGCGUGUCUGAACUUCAGUGCUCUCAGUAUCAAGCUGAUGGCCAGUGCCAGUAUGAGACAGACCAUGCUCAUUACCAACGUGAAGGUCAGCCAUUCUAUCAAUCAGAUGUCCACCAUGAGAGAGAAGAUCAUGCGCGGUAUGUGCCCGAGGGAUAUGUUCACUUUCUUCUGUCAAGACAGUCUCAACAGAGAGACGGUGCAGCAGGAAUGAUGAUGAAGACGGCCUCCAGUGAGGAAGCUGCUGAGGAGAUCGAUAACAGAGAAGACCCAUCCUCCUCGGCAGAUCUAUCAGCCGGCUCUAACCAAAGGAGAAAGUUGGCAGCUCCGCCAAUGAACGUGUCACUAGACCGCAGUGAGGGGUCUCUCCUCUCCGAAGAUGCUCUGGACACAGAGGACGAGGCCUUGGAUACUGGAGAUGACCUGGAUGUCAACAUUGAUGAGCUGGACACACCUGAUGAGGCUGACUCACUGGAGCUUAACAGACACGGGGAUUCAGAAGAGUCUGAUCUGGGUGCAGGAGCAGCUUCAAGAGAUGCCAUCGCAGGACAUGGAUCAGCUGAGGAGAGCAGGGAUAGCAGAUUGUGGAGGAGCGUGGUGAUAGGAGAGCAGGAGCAUCGCAUUGAUAUGAAGUGCAUUGAACCAUACAAAAGAGUUAUUUCUCAUGGAGGUUAUUAUGCUGAACAGAAUGCCAUCAUCGUGUUUGCAGCAUGUUUCCUACCGGACAGCGACUGUGACAAUUACAACUAUGUAAUGGAAAACCUUUUUCUGUAUGUUAUAAGUACCUUGGAACUAAUGGUUGCAGAUGAUUACAUGAUUGUUUACUUGAAUGGUGCCACACCUCGCAGGAGGAUGCCAGGUUUCAGUUGGAUGAAAAAGUGCUACCAAAUGAUAGACAGAAGACUAAAGAAAAACCUUAAGAUGUUCAUCAUUGUCCAUCCUUCCUGGUUCAUAAGGACUUUGCUGGGAAUCACCAGACCCUUCAUAAGCUCCAAGUUCAGCAGUAAGAUCAAGUAUGUGAAUAGUCUGCAGGAGCUUGGAGAAAUCAUCCCAAUGGACUAUGUCCACAUUCCACCCAGCAUCGUCAAACUGGAUACAGAUUUGCAGGACACAGCAGCUAAAGCCGACAAGAAGGGGAACUCAGCUGUUUGAAAAUUACAAGAUACCUGGCUCCUGCCUAUCUCCUCCCUGCAAUAUGCUGUAUUCUACCACAGCAUGUUUGAAUAUAAGCAAGCCUGCAGCAUGAUGUGUCCAGCACUAACAAUGUGUCAUAAAAGGAUUAUGUUGUGGUACAAAACACCAGGCAGUUGCUUCUUCAGUGAAGGAAGUAGGGUGCUGAACACAAGCCUGUAUUUACAGUGACUGAGCCUGUCACUGUGCUGAAGGGAAGAUGCUUUAUCCUUUACUACUAAUGUUACACAACAUUCAAUUGUGUUAUCUAUUUAGUAGCUUUUGUUUUCUUUGACUUCAUCUUUAAUCUUAACAAUGGUUUGAGUCUUAUUUCUUUCACUUUGGAGGAAUUACUAACUGGCUUUGUUACAUUCAUGAAUUAAUCUUCCCUGUCAGUAGAUUUACCUUUUGUGACACAUGGUAAUAUUAAUUGUGGAAUGUUAAUUCUGAAGCCAUAGUGAGGCCAUACAUGGAAACAGAAGUUUUAUUACUGCCCAUCUGCUCACAAAUACACAUUUGUGUUCCUGGACAUUUGGGAUGUUAGUGUAGCUCUGUCAACAGACUAUAAUGUUAACAGAUACUCUAUCUAGACUCUAAUUUUAGAUAGUCAAGGUUUACAAAAAUGUGAUCCACACGUGAAAAACAUCUUUGUGCUAUUCAAGCCUGUGGUUUAUAAUGGUUUCUAGUGGCCAAGCUGGUUUUUGAGUAGUUCACAUUGGUGUAGGCGACUACUGUCAUAGAGGGUUUUUACAUUAUGUCGCAAUCUUACCCAACACCUCAUACAAACUUGAGAAAGGCUACAAGUUGGCAGUUUUAUUGACAUUGUAUAUCACUGUGAAAAUACUUGAGAUGUAGCCAAAUAGCAGUUAUCAGUAGCUGCAGUAAUGUGUUGCAUGCUUUCAGUUGCUACAGUUUUAGAUUUCUCUGAUCUGAUUACUCACCCAAAUGCAGAAUUGUGUACCACUGUGAUUAUAGUCAUGGUUUAUUUGGGUUGCAUUCGUGUGUGCGUGUGUGGGCGAGACAGAGAAGGAAAAUGUUUGGGGAGUGAUGAGGAAAUACUAUGUUCACUGAUGGUUUGACAGGUACAGUAUAAAGAGUGCCUACUGCACAGGUUGGGAUGUGUCUACUUUUAUUUGCUUUUUUAUUAUAUUUAUAUACAUUUGUUUGUGGCUUGGAAGGUAUUCAUUUGUUGUAAAGUAUGUAAAAUGUUUUACUUCA